CCCCCAAAUCCAUUCCCAUAUAGCCGCCGCCGAGCCCCCCGAGCCGAGCUACUCCUCCCCACGUCGUCUCCUCCACCCCACCCCACCCCACUCCGCCCCCUCACCCCUCGCCGCCCGCCCGCCGGCUGAUUGGGCGGCCCUGCUGCCCGUAGCAUUUUUGAAUUCCGCGCCCCGGGCGGCCCAUCUGCCCUCCAGGCGCCGCCGCAGAUGUCGCUGUAUUUCCGGCGGCUCUUCAACCGGCGGCCGCCGGCCGGGCUCGUCGAGAUCUCCAGCAACAUUCUGGUAUUUGACCACUGCUUCUCCACGGAUAUGCUUGAAGAAGACGAAUUGAAGCCAUACAUUGGAGGCAUCUUAAAACAGCUACUUGCGCGCUACUCCAUUGAUUCAUUAAUGGUAUUCAACUUUGAGGGAGGAAAGAAGAACAACCAAACUGCCCGCAUUUUCUCAGGCUAUAAUAUGAGUGCGAUGGGUUAUCCACGUAACUAUGAGGGGUGUCCUUUGCUCACCUUGGAGAUGAUUCACCAUUUUCUUAGGUCUAGUGAAAGCUGGCUCUCAUUAAGCCAGGACAACUACCUGCUUAUACAUUCAGAACACGGUGGGUGUCCGGUCCUUGCUUUCGCAUUGGCAGCCCUACUGGUUUACCUCCGAAGGUGCAAAGAUGAGAGGAAGGCGUUGGAGAUGAUCCACAAAUAUGCACCACCUGGGCUGGUUGAGCUCUACUCACCACUGGACCCAGCACCUUCUCAUUUGAGAUACUUGAAGUAUGUGUCAAGACGGCACAAAUCACCAGAAUUGUGGCCUCCUGCUGACAGGACGUUGAACUUGAACUGUGCAAUCAUCAGGACGGUACCGAAUUUUGAUGGUGAAGGGGGAUGUAGGCCAAUAUUUCGAAUUUAUGGCCCAGACCCCCUGGCUCCUCAUGACAGCAGUGCCAAAGUUCUCUUUUCAACUCCGAAGACAGAUGAUUUUGUCCAGCUUUACACGCAGGAAGACAGUGAGAUAAUCAAGAUUAAUAUCCGAUGUCCUGUUCGAGGAGACGUUGUCAUGGAGUGCAUCAGCCUGGAUGAGGACUUUAAACAUGAAGUGAUGGUAUUCAGAGUUAUGUUUAGCACGGCUUUUGUUCAAGACAAUCUUCUGUUACUUGAUAGGGACGAGAUUGACAUUCUGUGGGACACGAAACACCGGUUUCCCGUAGACUUCAGAGUUGAGGUUAUAUUUUCGGAGAUCGAUGCGACCACAUCGAUUAACACUUCUGAGCCAUCAAGCGAAAGUGAAAGCAAUCACAUCACGGAUGCUGCAUCAGAACAGAAGGGUUUGAACAUCAGAACAGAAAUGAGCAAUGGCACACCUGAACAUAACAUUCCAGAUAGCAGAUCUGUCCAGACUUCUCAGACGGAACCAGAAAAUAUCCAUUCUUCUGCACCAGAAGCUGAAUCCGUAGGUCCAACCACUCAAGAUCGUGAACUCUCCAUGGAUGCACCAAAGUCUGAGGGUGACAACGAUGCUAUUGCUGAUACAUCAUCCUCGCAAGACGCUGAAUCUGUAGGCCCAACCUCUCAAGAAGAUGAACUCGCCGAGAACGCUUCUGCAGGGGAGGAAUCAGAAGGGAGUACAACCAAUAGCACAGCCAAUUCUGAUACGCAGUUGGCAGACCCCCCAGGUUCAGAAGCUGACGCAGCCACUGCUGAACGUUCUGACACUAACUCAGAGUCAGGUUCACCUUCAAGCAGAGCUUCGUCUAGCUCGCCAAAGUUUGACGAAGAUACCGAGAACGCUGGAACAGCUGGGGCCGAAGCACAGUCGUCUAGCUCGCCAAAGUUUGAUGAAGAUACCGAGGACGCUGGAACAGCUGGGGCCGAAGCACAGUCGUCUAGCUCGCCAAAGUUUGACGAAGAUACCGAGGACGCUGGAACAGCUGGGGCCGAAGCAGAGUCGUCUAGCUCGCCAAAGUUUGGCGAAGAUACCGAGGACGCUGGAACAGCUGGGGCCGAAGCACAGUCAAUAGAACUGGAAGGAUCUUGAGACUAUGACGGGCUGCUACUGUAAACUGGGGCAGCACUGGUCCAUGGUGCCGCCCUAAAUGUAGUUUAAACACAUACACUUCCACAGUAGAGUGGAGAAUUGCUGGUCGUCCUGACCAAAAGCAUUGUACAGUUUACGUUGGUUAAACAUGUGAGAAAUUUUCAGACCAUCUUCAGAUUUUGGAGUCGAGGCAUAUGGUAGCUGGAGGUAGAGCUUCAA